ACAUUUGACUUACCAAAGUGCUUUCCUUUAGAAAAAGUCUUGGAACAACUUCGGAUUAAACUGAAGGAAGGUUUGACCGAGGCCGUCAUCAAAAAUUUGUUGGAUGAUCUUCGGGUCAAGAAGGUGCUAGGAAAUGAGGAGAUUGAAGAAAUAGUGCAGAAGACCAAACCGCGAGCCGAUCAAGCUCGAGAUCUGAUUGAUGGUGUGAGCAGAAAGGGGACAAAAGCAAGUGAAAUUAUGUUAGCAUGCUUGAAGGACAGAGACAACUGUCUUUACGACAACCUAAACAUAGACAGCCAUUUAGCAAUUCCUGAAAGAGGAGCGACCUGUAGCCCUGCACCAGCGCCACACAGUACAACAGGUACAGCUACAUGAAGCAUUUAGUAAUCAUGUUUACUUUUCAU